AAGCACUUUCAGACAGAGAGCGAGAGAGAGAGAGAGAGAGAGAGAGAGAAUUUCUGAUUCUAAGUUUCUAACUAGAGUUUGUGGAUUUAACCCUAGCUUUUGCCGCGUUAGGUUAAAGAGACGACCUUGAAGGAGCAGAAGAAGAAGAAGAAGAUACAGUACUUAGCUUCAUUACACUACUUAAACGGAGAACGAAGAAUUGGGAAGGUUCUGUUUCCGUUGUGAACGAGGAAUUUUUCCACCAUUUUUGAGGACUGGGCCUUCUUAUUUCUUCUUGGACUCUCUUUGAUUGAAUCAGACGCAUUCAUUUCCCUGUGUUUCUCUCAGAUCUCUACUUUCAAUUGGGUUCUGCAUAUCCCGUUCAAUGGGUGAGUGGGUAUAACAUAAAGUCUUCGGCCUCUGUUGCUGGUUUCUUGCGGGCAUUCCUUCGCUGAGAAUCUUUAGUGGAAUUUCCUUAUUGUAUCGAGCAAUUAAUGAUUUUUCGGGUACAAGAAUUUGUUGUAGCACAUUCAGCAUCGGCUAUAGAGUUGGGCACUUUUCUGGGGGAGAAGGAUCUCUCUUCCAUUGCCUCCUCUUUUGCCUGCUGCCGACACUGUCUGUGCUCAUUUGUAAUUAAUGCAUCGUAAAUUAGAUAGCCCUGUCCAGACUCAGAUGGCAGUGGCAGCAGCUUUUAAGAGUCCACUCAGUGGAGAGUAUGGCGGGAGCAAGAGGAUGGAAGGAAAACAGCCUACAGGGAGGAGAAGAGUCUUUGUGCAAACCGACACCGGUUGUGUCCUUGGGAUGGAAUUGGAUCGGAGUGACAAUGCUCAUACUGUGAAGAGGAGGUUACAGAUUGCGCUUAACGUACCAACUGAUGAGAGCUCUUUGACAUUUGGAGAUAUGGUGCUCAAGAACGACCUCAGUGCUGUACGUAAUGAUUCUCCCCUUCUUCUUACACGUAACAUUCUGCACAGAAGCUCGUCGACUCCUUGUCUGUCACCAACUGGAAGGGAUAUUCAACAAAGAGAUCAAAGUGGCCCUAUUGAGAUAUUGGGGCAUUCUAAUCGCUUUGUCAGGACAAAACAACUGGUUGGUGAGAUUAUAAAAGCUAUUAAAAUUGGCGUUGAUCCUAUUCCUGUUCAUAGUGGACUCGGUGGUGCAUACUAUUUCAGAAAUAACAGAGGUGAGAGCGUUGCGAUUGUGAAGCCUACGGAUGAAGAACCUUUUGCACCAAACAACCCGAAAGGGUUUGUUGGUAAAGCUCUUGGUCAACCUGGGUUAAAACGAUCUGUGCGUGUUGGGGAGACUGGAUUUCGUGAGGUUGCAGCUUAUCUUCUUGAUUAUGAUCACUUUGCUAACGUGCCUCCCACUGCCUUGGUGAAGAUUACCCACUCGAUCUUCAAUGUCAAUGAUGGAGUAAAUGGUAACAUACCUCCAAGUAAGAAGAAGCUGGUUAGCAAGAUUGCGUCAUUUCAAGAAUUCAUACCGCAUGAUUUUGAUGCCAGUGAUCACGGAACUUCCAGCUUCCCAGUAGUGGCUGUGCAUCGUAUAGGCAUUCUAGACAUUAGAGUUUUUAACACAGAUAGGCAUGCUGGAAAUCUUUUAGUUAGGAAACUUGAUGGCGUUGGGAGGUUUGGUCAAGUGGAGCUCAUUCCUAUUGAUCAUGGACUCUGCCUUCCCGAAACACUAGAGGACCCAUAUUUUGAGUGGAUUCAUUGGCCGCAGGCAUCAAUUCCGUUUUCAGAGGAUGAGCUCAAGUAUAUCAAAGAUCUCAAUCCAUUUAAAGACAGUGAGAUGCUGAGGAUGGAACUCCCCAUGAUUCGUGAGGCUUGUCUCAGGGUUUUGGUUCUCUGCACUAUCUUCCUGAAGGAAGCUGCAGCCUUUGGUCUUUGUCUUGCUGAGAUCGGCGAGAUGAUGACUCGAGAGUUUCGUAGCGGAGAGGAGGAUCCCAGUGAACUGGAACUUAUAUGCAUGGAGGCUAGGCAGCUAAUUGAAGAGAAGGAGGUCUAUUCCCCUCGGGCUGAUUUAGGCGAUGAAGAAUUUCAGUUUGAUAUUGACUGCGAUGUAGACGAAUCGGAUUUUAGCGAAGGGAUAGAAGCAGAUGACUUUUACCCAACAACACCAUAUCACUUCAGUGUCGGUAGUGGUAUACAUGGACGUUUUCCUCUUCGUAAACUGGAGGAAAGCAUCGAGGAAGAAAAUGACGAGGAAGAUGAACGAGCAGGGGGCUUCACCAAUCCGUUUUCUUCCGAAAGGAUUCCAACUAUUUCAAAGCUUUCCAUGUCACUGAAGAAUACCAGUCUAGGUGAGAAGAAUAAGAAACAUAGCAAAUACUUUGGAACAAGACCUGACAAUGGAUACAUGAUGACCAAUACAUCAUCUGGACACCGAAGUGCCAAUGAACAGCUUCCAGCUAGUGUAACAUUUGUGAAGCUAGCUGAUAUGAAUGAGGAUUCAUGGUCAUUGUUCUUAGACAAGUUUCAAGAGUUACUUCACCCAGCAUUCGCCAAACGAAAAUCUGCUACUCUAGGUCAGAGACAGAGGCAGAGGCUUGGUACUUCUUGCCAAUUUUGAGAUUGAGCAACCACCAACCUUGCUGUUCUACAUCAUUAGAAAGUUGAUUGAUGAAUUCAGCAAAGGGGUUUUCUGAUUUCUCUCCGAGAGAUUACAUUUAGAAGAUCAGGGUCGGUCAGUACUACUACUUCUACGGCUGAGGUAGUCUCUAAUGUAAAUAUUGUAGCAUCUCAACUUAGUAGAUUUGGUUGUAGUAUUUUCUUUUUCUUUCUUCAAAAUUACUUUGUUCUUCUAGCUGUUCUACUACCACCUUGUUAUAUAAAUAACUUUUAGAAUAAAUGUUAAGAGGAAAUUAUGUAAACCAGAGGGAGAUGUGCCAGUUUUUAUUUA